AAGCCCGGCGGCCCCGUCCGCUGGGAAAGACCGAUAAACUUUGAGUGGACCCGGAGAGAAGACAAUCUCUCUCUUUGUGCUGAGGGGGCUCCGGGGUGGUCGCGGACCUGGGCUCUGAGCGUUGGGAAGGGGAAGUGGAGGUCUCUGAAAGAUGAAUUUGGCUGAAAUUUGUGACAACGCAAAGAAAGGAAGAGAAUACGCACUUCUUGGAAAUUAUGACUCAUCGAUGGUAUAUUACCAGGGGGUGAUACAGCAGAUUCAGAGACACUGCCAGUCCGUCAGAGACCCAGCUGUCAAAGGCAAAUGGCAGCAGGUUCGACAGGAAUUAUUGGAAGAAUAUGAGCAAGUUAAAAGUAUUGUCAGCACUUUGGAAAGUUUUAAAAUCGACAGACCCCCAGAUUUCCCUGUGUCCUGUCAAGAUGAACCAUUUAGAGAUCCUGCUGUCUGGCCACCCCCUGUACCUGCAGAACACAGAGCUCCACCUCAGAUAAGGCGUCCUAAUCGGGAAGUAAGACCGCUGAGGAAAGAAAUGCCCGGAGGAGGAGGCCGGGGACCCGUGGGCCGAGCACAUCCCAUAUCGAAGAGUGAGAGGCCCUCUGCGAGUAGGGACAAGGAGUGCAGAGCGAGAGGGAGAGACGACAAGGGAAGGAAAAAUACGCAAGAUGGUACAAGUGAUGGUGAAAUUCCAAAAUUUGAUGGUGCUGCAUAUGAUAAGGAUCUGGUGGAAGCCCUUGAGAGAGACAUCGUAUCUAGGAAUCCAAGCAUUCAUUGGGACGACAUAGCAGAUCUGGAAGAAGCUAAGAAGCUGCUAAGGGAGGCUGUUGUUCUUCCCAUGUGGAUGCCUGACUUUUUCAAAGGGAUUAGAAGGCCAUGGAAGGGUGUGCUGAUGGUUGGGCCCCCAGGCACUGGUAAGACCAUGCUCGCUAAAGCCGUCGCCACCGAGUGUGGCACAACGUUCUUCAACGUCUCCUCAUCCACCCUGACGUCUAAAUAUAGAGGUGAAUCCGAGAAGUUAGUUCGUCUCUUGUUUGAAAUGGCUAGAUUUUAUGCCCCUACCACGAUCUUCAUUGAUGAGAUAGAUUCUAUCUGCAGUCGAAGAGGAACCUCUGAUGAACACGAGGCAAGUCGCAGAGUCAAGUCUGAACUGCUCAUUCAGAUGGAUGGAGUCGGAGGAGCUUUAGAGAACGACGAUCCCUCCAAAAUGGUUAUGGUCCUGGCCGCUACUAACUUCCCGUGGGACAUCGAUGAAGCUUUGCGCAGGAGGUUAGAGAAAAGGAUAUACAUACCUCUCCCUACAGCAAAAGGAAGAACUGAGCUUCUGAAAAUCAAUCUUCGUGAGGUUGAGUUGGAUCCUGAUAUUCAGCUGGAAGACAUAGCAGAGAAGAUUGAGGGCUAUUCUGGUGCUGAUAUAACUAAUGUUUGCAGGGAUGCCUCUUUAAUGGCAAUGAGACGGCGAAUCAAUGGCUUAAGUCCAGAAGAGAUCCGUGCCCUUUCUAAAGAGGAGCUUCAGAUGCCUGUUACCAAAGGAGACUUUGAAUUGGCUCUUAAGAAAAUUGCUAAGUCUGUCUCUGCUGCAGACUUGGAGAAGUAUGAAAAGUGGAUGGUUGAAUUUGGAUCUGCUUGAAUUUCUGUCAGCUCUUUCAUUUCUGGUAUUUUUGUUUAUAAGAUGUGAAGAAAUUCCAGCAAUUUAAAAAAAAAACAGGUUUGAAACUUUUCAUUGGAGAGAUUUUGCUCUUAAAGGAAAAGAAAUCUAAAACUGCAAAGAAUAUAAAUGUAGUUGAAAAAUAAGAAAAGCUUACAUGGAGAGCCUGAUGCCCACACACCCAUGCAGCCCAUUGCACACCAGCCAGAGUGUCAGGGAGGCUGCAGGAAGUGAUCAGUGUGCUGUUGUAGGAACUUGUUUACAGAAAAUUUACAAGGACCUCUGUUUCUCACUCGCAUUUGAUGCUUUUUGGUUUCUCCCCUUUCUUUGCUCUGAGCACGAGGGACCUAUUAUCUGUUGACUUUUAACAGCCAAACUGGGUUUGUGUCAAUUCAUUAUUUGCUGUUAUGAGUGAUGGUUUUGGAUUAAAUAAUGAAUCUGCUAGUUAAACCUUUAGAAUUUUACUAUUACUGUUAGAGUCUAUUAUAUAGUUUGAAUUCUCACCUUUCCUUCCCUUACCAUUUCUUUUAUUAGCUAUUUAAUCACUUACUAAGCUUCAUAGGGGAGUAUCCUCAUGUUUGUGGUUUUUGAAUCAUUUUGCCAGGUGGCUUCUCUGGCCUUUUUGCUGGCACCUCUUACAUUUCAUACUGGAAUGGUGGGAAGAAUACUCUGAUUGCAUAAGACGCUCUUCUUCAUUCUAGACUUUGAGUGUUUGCACUUUUCUUUCAGUAUGUUCAACAGAUAAACCCUUUAUUUUUCUCAGCUCCAGCGUUGUUUGUUUUCUGCUGAAUUUGCCUUUCAUAUUCUAAAUAAAUGCUUCGGUAUUCUAAACAAGUCCACUCUCUUGUGGCUAAUGGAAAACAAACAACACAAAAUCUUUAUGGUUUUGUAGACAGCUUGUUUAUUAACAGAGUAACGUCGUGCAUAAUGAACGAUGUUCAGUUGAAAACUUAAAAAUUAUUCCUUGUCUAGAUUGAGAGCUUGUACACACACUAAGAUGAGGUUAGAAAUCUGACGUGCUCACUCAGUCCCGCGGGAAUGAGACAGCAGGGAGAGGCCAGAAGAGGGGAGGCCGUGGAUCUCAUCACGAGCGGAGUAGCCUAGUGUUAGUUUUUAAAAAUUACAUUUGUCCUAUUUUGUUGGGCAGCCUAUGCUUUAAUAGUCAAGCUUUAAAAAUUUAUACUUGAUGAUAUCCUGAGUUUUCAAUUUUGGAGAGCACCUAUUGGUUUAAAACUAAAAAUAAUAUAGCUUUUUUGACACUUAGAAAAAAAACUCUUAGCAUCGUGCUUAAGAGAUUUUUCCCCCUACUAAGAACUAUGUAAUUUUUAGAUAAGUCUGACUCUAGACUGCAGUAUUCAUCUAAUGCUAUAAGUUGCCCACCUCUUCCUCUGAGGCAUAGAUUAUGAGUUAAAAUCAUAACGUAUCAUGAUUUUAUUUUAACUGAAUUAGUUCAUCUUAAAACUUGAAGUGAGACGUUUCCUUUUAUUCAUGAACUUUUAAUAAAGAAAGAAAUAACCCCACUGAGAUAAUCUUGCAAAUUAUUGCCUGAAUUCAGUAACUUAUUUUUUUCCUGAAGUCCUAGGGGCAAUUGUUAAAACCUUAGUGUUUUGACUGUUAAAACUUGUUUGUAUAUUUUAGUUGAUUAGUUAGACCAUUUUUAAAAUUUUGUGUUAUUUGUCUUGGCUUACAUUUAGAAUUUUUUUCUGAAUUCAUGGAUAGUAACAUGGUAAUUAUGAUUUUUUAAAAAACUAGUUGAGCAGUAUUUGGACGCUGAAGGUUCCUGGGAGCUUAUCUUUAUUGAGUCAGGUGUGUUUUUAAAUUUCCCUUGUUUUCUCGUUUUGCUCUGUCCGUGGAUGGUGAAUGCUUUGUAAGUCUUAAAGGAUCCUGAGGAGACAGGAUCCUCAGGUGUUCUGUCCAACCUUUACUGUACAUUGUAUGUACGUUGUCUUCAUUGCGAGACUGUGUUGCCUUACCCAGAAUGAGAGACUUUUUGUGUUUUGUUUUGUUUUAUUUUUCCUGUUGCAUUAUCAAAUUAGAUUUGUUUCCAUUAAUUCAUCAGAAAACCUGAGUAUUUCAGGUUCUGCAACACAGUGAUGUUAGGACUGAGUUUUGUACACUUCUGGCAUGCAGCUACCUGAUGAGACAGUCCUGGGUUCAGCAGGCUCGUGUUGGUUGCUUACUGUGUGCACACCCCUCGCUGGGAGCUCUGUGGCUUACAGACUCGGCCCAGGCGGUGCAGUUCCGUCUGGGCACUUUCUGUAAUUAUGCUGUGUAGCUUCUGGCUCCAACUAAUGAAACGAGUUCAGAUCAUAAAUGAAAGGCACAGAAAUCUGUGGAUGCCUUGGAAAGAUAAUAUAUAAAUUUUUUCUCUUUUCUCUCUUUAAAUUUGCUUCAAAAUUAGAACUGCAUCCAUUUGCUUGAACAACAUAACUCUUAUGGAUCUGGCUAUUUUCAUGAACCGUUUUGGUCCUUUCCCAAGCUUCAUGUUUAUUGUAAACAUGUACAUGUGUAAUUAUGGCAAACAUGUAAACAUGUUACCUGUUUGCUGCAAAUAUUUUGCUUGCAUAAUCCUUUAUUUUUAAAAGGAAAUUAAUAUUAAUGAAAUGUACCAGACAAAUGGCUCGCUGAUGUAGGCUGAAGCCUAGUUCCAAGCAGAAAGUGGACGGUGGCAUCACAGACUUCAUCUCCUGGUCAGCGCAGUGUAGGCAUCCCAGAAUGACCACACACACUCCAGGCUUGGACCUCUACCUCCAGAAAUGCCAAGACGACUUGGAAGAGGUGACAGGUUGGCAGGCUAGCUGCUUCACUGGGGGCUUCGUCUGGCUCUUGAGAUUGCAGUUUUGAUGAUGUGAUAUUUGACUAUCAAAAAAUAGGCUGAAAUCAAGAAUUACUCAAAAAGUGAGCAAGCGUCUGAUGAAUCUCCUGUAAACAGACAUGGAGCUACACCAGGAAAAUGUGUGUAUCCAGCCCACAUUUGCAGUGUCAUUGUCACUCUUUCACUUUGCUACAUGUAGCCUGACUCUUUUGAACAUUUCAGAAUGAUUGAUACUGUAGGUUUUGAACAGCUUGAGUUUGUUUGAAUUCAGAGUUUCUGUAGACGCCGCUGAGUCCAUGACGAGAAUGGUAGACCAGCUGGCACAGUUGUUUCACUUCCCGGACCCUCAGGACGCUGAGAUGAAGUGAGGACUGAGGAAGGCGUUUCAUGCCAUGGGGUCUUCGGCUCCUUCUGCAUUGUCUUGAUGAAUGAGUCCUUUUGGCACAGUAGUAGAUUCCCACUCUUCCUUGUAUCUUAUUAAUGACAAGUCACCUUAGGAUGUUUCCUGUAUGAUAGGCAUAAAAUGUUAAGGAUAAUUGCUGGCCUUUUCCAAGAAAGGGCCACAUUAACUGUAUGAGGAAACAGUCAUAAUUGUUCUUUUAACAUUUGUUUUGUCUUCUGUUCCAUAACUGUUUUGAUUGUAUAGUAUUUUUUAUAUACCACUUAAUUUGUGAUGUACGUAAUAUUUAUGUGACUCUAAGAAUCUGUCACAAUGAGGAAGGGUAGGAAUUACCAUUGGAGGGUGUGCUGGGGGAUACAAAUAUUUAAACCCCAAAUGUUUUAUUCUCAUCUCCACUAAUCAUUUUUUUUUGCAGAAGAAGCUAAAAACUUGUAAUUACUGUGUUUACUUAUUUAUAUUUUUAAAUUAAGCUUUUCAAACUUAUUUAUUUAAUUUUUUAGGACAUUUGCUUUUAAUAUUGUUUUCUCUUGUGGAAACUGUAUGAAUAUUUAAAAAAUAAAGUCUCUAAGAUAACAGAUGUUUUUAAACAUUCACAAAUUAACAGUAAUUCUUUGAAUUUUUAUUAGGUUUUUUGGCUCCGGACAACUCUUUACUUUACUGACAUUUCUGAAUUUCCAGGUGACUUGUUAAUAAAAACAGGAGAAAUAGUCAGGUAAUGUCAUCCAGUUUAUUCUUUUUAUUUUACCUCUCUCGUUUCUCGGUUGACUUUAUUUUAUAUGUAUAGAUGUAACCUAGGUUCUGCCUUGUCACCAGCAGAGUGUAGGUUUCUGUCGCUUGGAAGUCACAACAGGCAGGGAGUUAAUACAGCCAUUCUCCUCCUGUGAAAGGACUCCCACUUGAUUUUCAAACCUGUAAAUGAGCUUCGGUUUUACGGCCUCUGAAAUGACUAAAUAUUGCCCUUUGGAAAACCUGAAUCUUUGCACACAGCAUUUCCAGAGUCUACUACCUCAGUUAACCAGGCUUAGUUUUAGGUGGGAAGGAAUUGAAACCAGACUGCAAUUCAGUUCAUCACCUAUGCAGGUUUGUUUGUUUAAGCGCUUCCUUCUCUCGUCUCUCACUAACUUUUUUUAAGGCUGCAAUUUUAAUUGAAAAUAUCUGUUGUUCUCCCUCGGGCAGAGCCCAGUGGUCCACGCUGAGCUCUGUAAAGUGUCUGAGCUGGUCUCCCCUGUUGUUGUAACCAGCUCCACCCAUUAGAUGUGCUUCAUUUCAAGGAGCAGUUUCAGACCCAGCACACCUCCUCCCGUUUUUUCAUAGCUUCAUUAAUGCAGACUCAUGGGACAGCAUUAAAAACCUUGGGACCUAACUGUUGCCUGUGUCCUUUCUCCAAGGACAUACAUACUUUGUGAAAACACACAGAGGUGGACGUGUGCCUGCUCACAUGGGUGCAGCAGCAGUGCAGUGGGAGUGGCCUCUGGUUCACACUGUGUAGACAGUGUCCAGCGAGACCACUGUGUGUUAUGAUGGUUUGUUUUUGCUAAGAUCUUUGUUUCAGUGUGUGCCUCCCAGUAUUUUGAACCUAAGUUGAAGAAAAAGAUGUUUCUAAAUUGUGUUUACUAACCAUGCUUUUCUUUACAUUUUGUGCGGCUACAUUGCUGGCCUCCUGAGCUUAGCUGUGUCUGUGCACAGGCUGUAAUUUGGUAAUAAAUUUCUAGAGUGUUGCGUGUCAGUGUUUUCUUUGCGGUUCAUGUUUGAUCUACAGUCGCUGGUCCACUUACUGCUGCCAGCUGGGAGUGUCAGACCCCUUCACUAGUGAGGGAUGGCUCUUUCCAGAGUUUUAGUUCUUAUAAAAUCACAUACUGUAACCCUGACCAAAAAUGUGUUUGCUGUGCAUUAUGCUAAUAAUUUCAAGGCUGAUGCAGGUAAGAUAAGCGUGGGUUUUCAAUGAAUUCUUCCUGGUUUAAUAAAUACCCCUGUCUCAUUUGUGUAGCCCCAUUGCAAAGUGGGUGUCCUGUAAGGGGAACUUUCCAGAUGACUGUGCCUUAUUUUAGGAACCCCCCCAAAAUGAUUUUUUUAAUUUAUAGACUAUUUUUUGAGCAGUUUUAGGUUUUCAGGAAAAUUAAACCUAUGUAUGAGGUGAGUUCUCACCUUCCUCCCCUCCCCCAUUUCCCCUUUUAUUAAUAUCUUGCUUUAGUGUGAUGUGCUUGUUUAUACUGUACCUGAGUCAGUAUUGAUACAUUAUUAUUGCUGAAGUCCAUGGUUUACAUCACAGUUCAUUGGGUUUGGAUAAAAGCAUCAUGUCCUGGAUCCACCAUUACAGCGUCAUACAGAAUAGUUCCACUGAUCCAGCAUCCCCACCGGCUCUGCCUCUUCAUCUCUGCCCCUCCUCCUAACUGCUGGCGACCUUUCUACUGUCCCCACGGUUUGCCUUUUCCAGAAUGUCAUUCAGUUGUAAUCACACAGUAUGUACCCUAUUUAGACAGGCUUAUUUCACUUAGCGAUAUGCAUUUAAGGUUCCUCCUUGUCUUCUUGUGGCUUGAUAGUUCAUUUCUUUUUUUUUUAAUUUACUUAUUCAUCAUUGUAUUGCUUAAUUAUUUGGCAGGGGGGGAUAAUUAGGUUUAUUUAUUUUUAGAGGAGGUACUGGGGAUUGAACCCAGGGCCUCAUGCCUGCUAAUAAGCAUGUGCUUUACCGCUUGCGCUGUACCCUCCCCCUAUAGUUCAUCUCCCUUUAUCAUGGAAUAAUGCCCCAUUAUACGGAUGUACCAGUUUGUUUACCCAUUCACCUACGGAAGGGCAUGUUGGUUGCGUCCAAGUUUCAGCAAUUAUGAAUAAAACUGCUGUAAACAUU